AGGGAUGAGACAGCCCUGUGGUGAAUAUAGAUAACAGUUUGUUAUUUUUCUGUGAUUUGUUGUGGCUUUAAAUACCCAGACAUGGAGCGACCAAACGUGCAAGAAGCGUUUCUUUCUGAACGUGUUAAGUACUUAUGUUCCUGCGGCUUUUUGAAGCCAAUUUACCGAGUUUAUUUCUGUCGGCACUGCCAGAAGAUAAGAUGUGGAAACUGCGUCUCGCAGGAGAUGGACUCGACGUACUGCAGUGGCUGCUUGGAGAUGAUGUCCAAUGUGGAGGCAGGGCUGAAAAAGAACCGCUGCUCCACUUGCAAGGACUGCCCCUCCUGUGGCCACACCCUCUCCACCAGGGCCACCAGCAUCCAGGCUCCGAGUAUGGAAGACCCGACCAAGAUCGUGCCCAGGAAGGUCUACUAUGUGGCCUGCGGAUUCUGUCGCUGGACAUCGCGCGACAGCAAGCUGCCCGAUCAGAACGUCGCGUCGGGCACGUGGACCGAGUUUGAGAACCCGGACUCGGAGCGACUGACGACCCUCUCCGACAACUACCGCGCGCUGGCCGUGUUGGAGCGGUCCGCAGCCGAGCAGGGCAAAUACGGCCGGCAGGAUAAGACGCGCCGUUUUCUGGAGGGCAAGGGCAAGUUUGGCGCCAUGGCGCGCGCCACCCGCAAACAGGCCGGUCUGCCGCCGUCCCGCUCCCUGGUUACAGCCAAGGACUUGGACGCUAAAAGCCUGAAGGAGAUGGCGGCCGAGCCCUUUGACGAGGCUGAUGACGCGCUGCCGGAGUCGGCUUUCACCGAGCCGCUCGUACUGACAUCUGUGACGACGCUGGACCAGCGUCUGGCGUUCCCGGAGCUGCAGACGGAGCGCCAGGAUCGGCUCCAGCCGCAGCACAAGCACGCCGAAAUGAAGCGCUCCAUGCGCUGCCGCUACUGCGACCACAACCUCAGCAAGCCAGAGUACAGCUGCAUCAGCAUCAAGUUCAGGAUCCAGCUCAACGCCUACUACCACGUACCGGACGUGAAGAUUCUGUCUGUCGGCGAGCUGCUGGUGGGACAGCAGACUGAGACCGUGUUGACCUUCAGUAACCCUACCAUCUACCCGAUGACAAUUCGUCUUGAGAAGUACCGCGAGCCCGACGAGGAGGAACUGCAGGAGAACCCCGAUCCCGAGCACAAGGAGAGCUCUCUGCUGAGACCAGUGACACUGCAGAGAGUGGAGCCGGACAUUCAGCAGACGGCUGAGCUCACUCUGCCCGUCGCUGAGGUGGUGCUGGCGCCCCGGGACGACUCGGCCGAGUUUGACGACGCGCCGAGCUCCUCCGAGUUCCGAGACGACCCCAGCGUCGUCGUGUGGCGUCAGGCCAACAAGGUGGCUCUCCGUGUCCCCGUGACGCCCCUGCCGUCUGCCGCCGGCGGCCGCUGCUCCGCUGCCCUGCUGCUCCAUUACAGCUACACAAACACCAUUGUCACCGGCGAGAACAAGCAGCCGCAGACUCUCAAACUGCGCGCCCGGCUCGUGGUCGACCUGGGGGAGAUCACCGCCGCUGAGGGUAGCGGGUAGGACGGUGGGAGGGAAGGGUAGAUAGAGGGCAGCGGGUAGGGUACAGAGAGGGUCAAAGGAUAGGACGGCAGGGAAAGUGGCUUGAUGCGGCGAAGGGCAAGAAGAUGAAUACUGCAGGCAGAAAGAGGAGAGAUUGAGAUAGGGAAGAGCAGCUGUCACUUGUCAGUAAAUGGAUUGGAGAGUAUUCAAGAACAGCGAUUUACGGCGAGGGGGCAGCUAAAGCCUGAGAGAGUCACUGAUGGAGCGAUAACCGCGGAGUUUGGCAGGCGAUUGAAAAGAGGGGAAAAGAGGUAGGUACCAAAGGAUGGGGAGCCACUAACGACUGAUAAAGAUAGAGAGUCGUGAUUGCUAGUCGCUAUAUUCUAGUAAUCUUAGCUAGUUGUAAGCAGUGAAAAGAGUCUUGAGACCUAAAUGGGGCGUGUACUGUGUGAAGGGGAACGUUUGGGAUGCACAGCCGGUGGUAGCUCUCUUUAGCAUCUGAUGACAGCGAAAAUACUGGCAGAGGCUGUCCUAACACUUCCUAUUUAUAUGGUGUGUGAAAAGAUGCUUUUUUCAACCGAAGGGAAUGCCGGACAUAUGCUUUGAGGCGGCGCUUUGAGCAACGGUAGCCCACUGUGCGGCUAGUGUCUUUGGGUGUUGGGCUACCGGUUCACGGCUGCCUUAGUUCUCAGCGCAGCUGCGUUUCUAUAUAGAGAAUAUGCCGAGGAGGGAUACGAUCGGGAGGUCCUCGUUUCUGAUUCGCCGAGGUCCACGACAGAGGUCUGGGCCCGCAAACGACCCUGUAGGUUACGCGUCCGUAGCCCCCAAUUAGCUAAGAUUUGGGUCGUGCACCUUUGAGUAGAAGGCUUUUCAAGUGGUCUGGCUUAGACUCUUUCUCCGGUGUUGCUUUGAGUGUUGUGUGUUGUGAGACAGAUUGUAACAUAUUUUCUGUCCCUCAGGCGAAUGCUUUUUUUUGUUUGUUUUCAACGGAAUUGUGGAUUACCGUUGGUUAUUAUUUAUUCAGUGAUGUGAUGGCCUGGCUUUUGGUCGCAGGCUGCCUUCUUUGGAAUUUUGUUAUUGUGGCGCAAUGUAACUGUGCUUUGAAAGCAAGUUUGGAAACUUCCACAUAUCUGCUAUUUGGAUACCAGGCACUCUAUCCCGUGAAGGAGUGCUCACUCCCUUUAUUGUGGUGAGCCUUUUUGAGCUUCCAGCCUCUAAGGGACGUGUUCCGGCGGUGCGAGCGACUUUAGCGAGUGUCAUUUGAGCGAACGUCAAUUGAGCGAACCAUUUUCAGCGAAUGGCAAUUCAGCGAUUAUCAAGUUCAUCGAUUAUCAAAUAUAGCGAUUAUCAAUUUUAGCGAAUGCUAUGUUUCAGCGACAUCUAUUUCGUCGACUACAAUUUGAGCGACUGUCAGUUCAGCGAAACAUUUCAUCGUCCUGUAACGGUGGAUUUUUUUCUUUCGCGAGCGUAUCCAUACGAAUGUUUCCGGAAUUUCUCAUGGUUAUCCGGAACUGGAUGGCGGAUGUCGCGCGUUCAAAGGUCAGACAUUGAGCUCCAAAUUUAAUGCUACAUUUGUUAAAAAUUCCAAGUCGCAGAACCGUGUUCCGGUGAAUGUGACUGACCGGCCUUUGUUACCUUCUUUAGGAUUAGGGGCAUCCCCUUUGAAGUCCAAUAAAAACCGCACGUUGCACUCGGAAUGCACACUGUUCUUGUUGCCCGUAAAUAUAACUAAGCACGCACUA